CAUGGGGGCUGGGGCCAGCGCUGAGGAGAAGCACUCCAGGGAGCUGGAAAAGAAGCUGAAAGAGGAUGCUGAGAAGGAUGCUCGAACCGUGAAACUGCUGCUUCUGGGUGCAGGUGAGUCCGGGAAGAGCACCAUCGUCAAGCAGAUGAAGAUUAUCCACCAGGACGGGUACUCGCUGGAAGAGUGCCUGGAGUUCAUUGCCAUCAUCUACGGUAACACGCUGCAGUCCAUCCUGGCCAUUGUGCGCGCCAUGACCACGCUCAACAUCCAGUACGGAGACUCUGCGCGCCAGGACGACGCCCGGAAGCUGAUGCACAUGGCAGACACGAUCGAGGAAGGCACAAUGCCCAAGGAGAUGUCGGACAUCAUCCAGCGGCUGUGGAAGGACUCGGGUAUCCAGGCCUGUUUCGACCGCGCCUCGGAGUACCAGCUCAACGAUUCGGCGGGCUACUACCUCUCGGAUCUGGAGCGCCUGGUAACCCCGGGCUACGUGCCCACUGAGCAGGACGUGCUGCGCUCACGUGUCAAGACCACGGGCAUCAUCGAGACGCAGUUCUCCUUCAAGGACCUCAAUUUCCGGAUGUUCGACGUGGGCGGGCAGCGCUCAGAGCGCAAGAAGUGGAUCCACUGCUUCGAGGGCGUGACCUGCAUUAUCUUCAUCGCUGCGCUGAGCGCCUACGACAUGGUGCUAGUGGAGGACGACGAAGUGAACCGUAUGCACGAGAGCCUGCACCUGUUCAACAGCAUCUGCAACCACCGCUACUUCGCCACCACGUCCAUCGUGCUCUUUCUCAACAAGAAGGACGUUUUCUCCGAGAAGAUAAAGAAGGCCCACCUCAGCAUCUGUUUUCCGGACUACGACGGGCCCAACACGUAUGAGGACGCUGGCAACUACAUCAAGGUGCAGUUCCUCGAGCUCAACAUGCGGCGCGACGUGAAGGAGAUCUAUUCCCACAUGACUUGCGCCACGGACACACAGAACGUCAAGUUUGUCUUCGACGCUGUCACCGACAUCAUCAUCAAGGAGAACCUCAAAGACUGCGGCCUCUUCUGA